GGGUGCGGAGAAAGGAAAUUGCUGCGGGAGCCGCAUCCUCCCUGCGCUAGCGGCGCCAGAGGUGGAGACAGAGAGGGCGGAGGAGGCAGCGAAAGGUGCCGCAGAGAAAAAAAGUGUCAAAGCCAGUACGGCUUUAGAAUACGGUGAAGGAUACUUUUCAUGGUGCAUGGAAGGAAAGCCAAUGCGCAGGUGUACCAACAUUCGACCAGGAGAGACUGGAAUGGAUGUAACAAGCCGCUGCACCCUUGGAGACCCCAACAAGCUGCCAGAAGGGGUUCCCCAACCUGCUCGCAUGCCCUAUAUCUCAGACAAGCACCCUCGGCAAACCUUGGAAGUGAUCAACCUUCUGAGAAAGCACCGAGAGUUAUGUGAUGUGGUGCUAGUUGUGGGCGCUAAGAAGAUAUAUGCCCAUCGAGUCAUCUUGUCGGCCUGCAGUCCCUACUUUCGAGCAAUGUUUACAGGAGAAUUGGCCGAAAGCCGCCAGACAGAAGUAGUGAUCCGAGACAUAGAUGAGAGGGCUAUGGAACUACUGAUUGACUUCGCAUAUACCUCCCAGAUAACUGUGGAAGAAGGCAAUGUUCAGACCCUCUUGCCUGCUGCUUGCCUCCUCCAGCUGGCAGAAAUACAGGAAGCCUGCUGUGAAUUCUUAAAGAGACAAUUAGACCCUUCUAAUUGCCUGGGCAUUCGGGCUUUUGCUGACACGCAUUCUUGUCGUGAGUUACUAAGGAUUGCAGACAAGUUCACACAACAUAACUUUCAAGAGGUAAUGGAGAGUGAAGAAUUUAUGUUACUUCCAGCCAACCAACUUAUUGAUAUAAUAUCUAGUGAUGAGCUCAAUGUUCGGAGUGAAGAACAAGUGUUCAAUGCAGUGAUGGCCUGGGUCAAAUACAGUAUUCAGGAAAGGCGUCCUCAGUUACCCCAGGUGCUGCAGCAUGUUCGCCUGCCUUUGCUUAGUCCCAAGUUCCUGGUGGGCACCGUCGGCUCUGAUCCUCUCAUUAAAAGUGAUGAAGAAUGCAGGUAUGAGUGGAACAGGUAUUCUCUUAACGGUUUCUAUCCCUCCCUAGUUGGUGGUUGGUGUAGUGGAGACGCCAUUUCCAGUGUUGAACGGUACGACCCACAGACCAAUGAGUGGCGAAUGGUAGCUUCCAUGAGUAAAAGGCGAUGUGGAGUUGGAGUCAGUGUUCUUGAUGACCUGUUGUAUGCAGUAGGCGGCCAUGAUGGAUCCUCCUAUCUCAAUAGUGUUGAAAGAUAUGACCCCAAAACAAACCAGUGGAGCAGUGAUGUGGCCCCUACAAGCACCUGCAGGACAAGCGUUGGUGUGGCAGUACUUGGAGGUUUUCUGUAUGCCGUGGGCGGACAGGAUGGUGUCUCUUGCCUCAAUAUUGUUGAGAGGUAUGAUCCAAAGGAGAACAAGUGGACUCGGGUGGCUUCUAUGAGUACUAGAAGACUAGGGGUUGCUGUGGCUGUGUUGGGAGGGUUCUUAUAUGCUGUAGGUGGCUCUGAUGGAACGUCUCCACUCAACACAGUGGAGCGCUACAAUCCUCAGGAAAACAGAUGGCACACCAUAGCCCCUAUGGGGACCCGAAGGAAACACCUAGGUUGUGCAGUGUACCAGGACAUGAUCUAUGCUGUAGGAGGGAGAGACGACACUACAGAGCUUAGCAGUGCUGAGAGAUACAACCCCAGAACUAACCAGUGGUCUCCCGUGGUGGCCAUGACGUCCCGCAGGAGUGGAGUUGGUCUGGCAGUGGUCAACGGACAGCUCAUGGCAGUGGGAGGUUUUGAUGGCACUACAUACUUGAAGACCAUUGAAGUUUUCGACCCAGAUGCCAAUACUUGGAGGUUAUAUGGAGGGAUGAAUUAUCGUCGGCUAGGAGGUGGCGUAGGAGUUAUUAAAAUGACACACUGUGAAUCCCAUAUAUGGUGAACACAGGAAAACGUCUUGCAUACGCUCCUUUAUAUUUGGAAGAGCCUUGACUUUGAAGCUUUGUACAGCUCGAGAAAACAUUAGAACAAAUGUUCACUUUGCCGGUGCCUCAACAUACAGAACUACAAAUCUAACGACAGAACUCACCUGCAGACGCCACCUUUGCACAACACCUUUCUGCUCUCUGCAGAGAGCGUUUAUUUUGGGCUUUAAUUUAUCAUGGAGUUUUGAUGGUGAUUUGUUUUUAUUUUGUUGGUUGGGUUGUUUUGGGUUUUGGGUUUUUGGGGUUGUUUUUGUUUUGUUUUUUAACUUAUCUUUUGUACCAGAGGGGGCAAAAAGGAGAAAAAAAUUCCAAGCUGCAAAAUUUACUUUGCUUUCUAGGUUUGCUUUCCUUUUUGAAAAUACUGAUAUGGGCAGAAGGGCUAUGGUUAACUCCGAUUAGAUACUAUCCAUCUACAAAGAUUGUCAGUGAUAAAGACAGAUAUACAAAGUAUAUUCACUAGUUACUAUUCUUGCACUAAAUAUUAGAGCACUCCGAAAUGUAAAGGGGACUGGAAAUGGUCCGGCGCGAGUUGUGUGCUGCUUUUGCAGAGGACCCAAGUUCAAUUCGCAGCACCCACAUCUGGCAGCUAGGUCAGUAGUUCUCAACCUCCCUAGUGCUGCAAUACUUUAAUACAAUUAGUUCCUCAUGUUGUGGUGACCCCCAAGCAUAAAAUUAUUUUCAUUUGCUACUUCAUAACUGUAAUUUUUGCUACUGUUAUAAAUUAUAAUGUAAAUAUCUGAUAUGCAGGAUAUCUCAUAUACAACCCCUGUGAAAAGGUCAUUCCACCUCCCCACACACACACACACACACACAUACAGGGGUCAUGACCCCACAGGUUGAGAACCGCUAAGCUAGGGGAUCCAGAACUCUCUUCUGGCCUCUGCAGGUAACUGCACUCCUGUGCAUUCAGCACACACACAAACACACAAGUACCCCACAAGUAUGAGUAAUUCAAAAUAAAAUUUCUUUUAAGUGUAAAAGAAAAAACAAGAAAACAUCUCGUUAGAUAGGAUACUUCAGAAGGAAUAUUGAAUCCGUAAAGGCAGGACAAGCUACCGUUUUCAUUCACCAGGUAACGUUUACAUCUCUUACUGAACUUGCUUUCUACUCCAUUUCCCUUUCCUUCCUGUAACAUUUUCAUAGUUUCUGCCACUUGUACCUAGGUCUCUGCUCAGUGCCUCUUCUAAAAACAGUGUGAGUCUCCUCCUUUGUCUUGAGAACUCCGGUAAAAUCAAGUGCAACUCUGUAAGAGUUUUUGUUCACAGAUGUUACCCCCUGCAACUUUCUUUCCUAUCUUCUCAUUGUCAGUAGGGACCACCAAGGAGAGGUGACCUCUCUUCAGAAGUGAAUUCUGUUUUUCAGUUUACGCUGGCUGUUCCGGCUGGUGACUCUGAGCUGACCUUCAGUAACACGCUCUAAAUGGAAGCUGUCUCCAGUUCACGUGAGCAGUACAGUGAAGGGAUGUCAGGCCAGCCAGAGCAUCCAAUCCGGUCAGGAGUUCAUGCUGAUCAUAUCUCAUAGUCUUUCAUCCUAUAAGGCCACCGUACUGUGUCUCUUAGGUCGCACUUUCUGAUGAAAGGCUAACAUUUUUAAGGAAAUAAAUGAAAAUUUUAGUGCCUACAGUCCUCCCCCUUUGUAGUCAUAGACUGAUUUUUUUUUUUCAGUGUAUUUUGCAGGAAAACCUUUGAAUGAGACUUAUCCACAACCAAAAGGAAUAACCUUGACCUUCUUCCUCUCCCCUACAACAAAAUGUUCGGCAACUUUUGUGUUUACAUUUAAACAUCAUUUGCACCUUUUUCAAGGAAAAAAUAAGUAUUUGGUAAACAAUUGUUUACAUGUAUCAUUUAUGCUUUUUUCUAGCAUGUAUAACUUUUUAAAAUAAAGGUAUUUACCAUAAA